AUGCAGGCGCUGCGUGUGUGUGUGCAGGUGCCAUGCAACAACGUCACAGCAAACAUGCUGCGACUCGGUGACCCUCACAUCGCUGCGGUCCUCACGAACAGCCAAGGCACGGCCCACAUCGAUGCACUUAGUGGACGGAGUGAGGCAUCUUUUGAGGCGCUGCAGGGAACAGGAUGUGUUGACGCAGCCACGACGUGCAUGGAGUGUCACGAUGGCACAGUCGGCUGUGGCUUGUGGAAUAUUUACUUCUCGGAGGCAACAGCGAAAGAGAGAGAGAGCUGCUCCUGCUGCUGGCGUCGUUGCUGCCUUUUGUGGCCUCCCAUGCCGAUUAUUGUCUGUCCGCUGAUUAUGGGUGGCAUGCCUCCACUAGUGACGUCGUCUGCAGGCAUUUCACAGCACCAGCGAAACACACAUCAUGUCGCAUGCUUUGGCUGUGGAUGUGGUGUCGUGAAUGCAGCCGGCAUUAUUUUGCCCGACUCCUUUUCACUGCAUUGCGACAAAUAG